AUGGUAUUUCAAAGCCUAAUUGCUAUGGUGCUAUGUUUCAUAGCAUCAGGUCUGUUCGGAUCUCAGUUUGUACCAUUAAGAAAGUACCAGCCUGGUGACGGUAAGGGCAUUUUAAGCAACUAUUGCUAAAGAUGGGAUGUUUUUUAUUUGUAAAAUUCUAAAUUUUAGGUUAUGAUUUACUAUAUAACAAUUUUAGGCUUAAUUUUUGAGUUUUUUAAAAUUUGACGAAAUGUCACAAAUUUUAUUGGAUUUUUUAAAUCUUUAAAGUUACAUUUUUUGCAGAAUUUUAGAAUGUUUUUGAGGUUUUACAGCAUUUUGUACUGAUUUUAUGAUUGUGACGAAAUGUCACAAAAUUUAUUGAUUUUUUAAAAAUUUUUGAAAUUGCAGUUUUUAGCAUUAAAUUAUCAUUAUCAUUACAAAAACAGUGAAAAAUUGAGGAGAAUUCUUAUUUUUAGGUAUAUUUGCUCAAUGGGUAAUGUGUCUAGCAAUAUGGUUCGUUGGCUUUGGCAUGUUUAUAUGGACCGGUUAUCAAAAUUUCUACCCUUUGGCUAUGUUAGGUGGGGUGGCAUGGUCUGUGGCUAAUUUGAUGUCAAUUCCAAUCAUCAAUGCUAUUGGACUUGGCCGUGCCGUGCUUUUAAACAGUGUUACUCAAUGUGUCAUUGCGUUUGCGGUCAGUACGUUUGGACUGUUGGGCACGUUGGCUAGACCAGCUGAUGCUAUGUGGCUUAGUUUGUUGGGCAUGCUGAUUGUGUUGAUUGGGUAAGAAAAGGGUAGGGUAGAGUAGGGUAGGUAGAGUAGGGUAGUGUAGGGUAGGAUAAAGUACGGUAUGGUAUAGUGGCAAACAAUAGAGCAGGGUAGGGUAAAUUACGUAAUAAAAUUUUAAUUUUUAGGGGUGUUUUGACCUCGUUUGUCAAAGGAAAACCGUCCGAGCUUCUGGAUCACAAGCCCUUGACCAGUUCAGUUCAUGUAAGAGCUGUAAUCACUGAUUGCUAAUCACGACCAUGUUCAUUAUCACUAUUAGUACAACUUUUUAUAUCGUUUUUGGUGCUCUGUGGUCGUUUCACAGAGGCUAAAAAUGGCCAGACAUAGCUAAGUCUAAUACUGUGAUAAAUUAGACUAAAAAUGUAUUUUCAGUCGUCAGAUGUGCCCAGAAGGACCAGCAAGCAAGCAGUUCAACGACUUUCAUUGAGCAUUCCUGAUCCAGCGGCCGAAACCAAGUUCUAUGUAGUCGAUCAUAAGGUUAGGGUAAUGUAAGUUUUAAUUUUUCCAAGUUUUUAGCCUUAUUCUAUCACGCCUAUUGAGCCUAAGCUUACCUGUUCUUUUUUUCUGCGGGACUUUAUGUUUUACCUGCCAUAUUUUAUGAGCAUAUAAGCGCGAUAUUUGCUGUAGAAACGUCAUUAUUACGUUUAUGCUUGCUAGGGAUAGGUUGAAGCUUAUGCUAAGCCUAAGCUAAGCCUAAGCUAAUCCUAAGGUAAGCCUAAGGUAAGCCUAAGCUAAGCCUAAGCGAAGCCUAAGCUAAGCCUAAGCUAAGCCUAAGCUAAGCCUAAGCUAAGCCUAAGCUAAGCCUAAGCUAAGCCUAAGCUAAGCCUAAGCUAAGCCUAAGCUAAGCCUAAGCUAAGCCUAAGCUAAGCCUAAGCUAAGCCUAAGCUAAGCCUAAGCUAAGCCUAAGCUAAGCCUAAGCUAAGCCUAAGCUAAUCCUAAGCUAAGCCUAAGUUAAGCCUAAAGCUAGGCCUCGUGGUAAGUAUUACGCAAUUGCAAGCUUUUCUGUACUUGAGCGCUUUUUGUGUGCCGUAUUCUAUGAGUAGAUAAGCUUACGAUAUGCCGCAUAAGUGUCAUUGUUAAAAUUAUUGAGGCUACUGAGCGGUUUGCUAAGCCUAAACUAAGUCUAAAAUAAGCUUAAGCUAAGCCUAAGCUAAGACUAAAGCUAAGCCUAAGCUAAGCCUAAGUCUAAGCUAAGCCUAAGCCUAAGUCUAAGCUAAGCCUAAGCUAAGCCUAACCUAAGUCUAACCUAAGUCUAACGUAAGCCUAACCUAAGCCUAGUCUAAGCUUAAAGAUAACCUAAGCCAAAGAAGCCUAAACCUUCUUACCCUAAGCUUACAAUAUCAAUGUUAUUCAACAUGUGUUAUAGUGCAACAAUAGGCUCAUUGGUACAAGGCUGUCUGGCAUCAUUAACCAUCGUACCGGUCGUAGCAAUCCAAGACAACCCUGAUUUGUUUUUUAAUGUUGAAGUAGGUGGAAUGCCCUAUGUUUUCUCAUUAUAUUGUGGGAUUUUGUCUACAUCAACAUUGGCUGUGGUGAUCUACUGUUUUGUUAAGUAAGGGUUGAUUUUUUGCCAUUUUUCAUUGGAAAUGAGGGUUCUUUGUCAUUUUUUAUUGUAAAUGGACAUUUUAUGCCAUUUUUUAUUAGAUAUAAGCGUUUUUUGUCAUUUUUCAUUAGAAAUGAGGAUUUAAAAAAUUUUUUUAGAAAAAACAAGCCCUACGUCAAUCCCCAGUUGAUAUUACCAUCAUUAUUGGCCGGUUGUAUGUGGGGUAUUGCCCAAACAAUGGGUAUUAUAGCGACGGAAAGGUUGUCUCAAGCCGUCACUGGUCCCAUUACAUCGAUGGUACCUGGUUGUGUGGCCACAUUAUGGAGUUUGUUCUACUUUAAGGAGAUUGAGGUGGGCUUAGGCUUAAGAUUAUUUGGAUUUUAGGCCGUGUUUUUGGCGUUUUAGGCUUAUUUUUCUCGUUUCAGGCUUAAUUAGUGGUCUUUUUUUUGGCAUUUUUUGCUUAUUUUUUUACAUUUAGGCUUAAUUUGUGGCAUUUUAAGCGUGUGUUUUGGCCGUUUAGGCUUAUUUCUUGGUAUCUUAGGCUUAUUUUUUGGUAUUUUAGGCUUACUUUUUGGCAUUUAGGUUUAUUAUUUUUAGAUUUUAGGCUUAUUUUUUGUGUUUCAGGCUUAAGUUGUUGCAUUUUAGGUUGAUUUUUUAUUCAUUUUAGGCUUAAUUUGUGUCAUAUUAGGCUUAAUUUGGGCGAUUUUAAGUUUGAUUUGUGGUAUGUUAGGCUUAUAUAGUGCAUUUUAGGCUUAUUAUUUUUUAAUUUUAGGCUUAUUUUUAGCGAUGUUAGGCUUACUUUUUGGCAUUUUAUGCUUAAUUUGUGUCAUUUUAGGCCUAUUUUUUGGCAUUUCGAUUUAAGUUGGUGCCCUUUAGGCUUAUUUUUGACGAUUUUAAGCUUGAUUUGCGUUAUGUUAGGCUUACUUUUUUUAGGCUUAUUUUUUGCGUUUUAGGCUUAUUUUUUGGAAUUUCGGUUUAAGUUUUGGUAUUUUAGCUCUACUUUUUGCCAUUUUAGGCUUAAUUUGUGGCAUUUUAGGCUUAAGAAAUUAGCUUUUUGUAUUUUAAAGUAUAAUUCAAAAAAUUUUAAAGGGAGGAAGUUAAAACGUUUAUUAAGGGGCGGAUUUUCCAAACAUUGCAUUAAAACUGUCAAUUUUAAACUUUUCAAUUUCAGCUCGGAAAAAACUUGUAUUACUUGUACGCUGCCAUUUCUUGUACCCUAACUGGUGCUAUUCUUAUUGGUUUGAGUAAAAUGAUAUAA